GGAGAAUCAAAAUUGAUUUGAAUGGAAUUGAAACUUGUGUAUACGAACGAUUUCGGUUUGUUUCAGUUCACAAUAACAUAUGACUACUUGAAGAGCUAUCGAGGAAUGAAUUUCGUUUCCAGGGAACAACAAGUAAAUGGAAUCUCAAGACAAGUUUCAGUACUCAAGAUGUUAAUAAAGUGAAUGUCGAUAGUUCGCUUUUUCGUAUUUUUGUUAUUUGUUGAUUACCAGCGAAAAACCAAAAAAG